AAAUAUUAAUUUGUACACAAAACACUAAAGGAAGUCCUGGAUUUUCCACAUUUUUUUUUUACUUAAAUUGAUCAAAAGGAUUCCUUUCGAAAAAUUGUCAAAUGUCGUAGAAAAUUCGAAUACCUGACUACAGCAAUGGAGCCCAAAAGUUCCACAGCUAAAGGUCGCUAGAAUUGUCAAGAUACCAAUAAUGAAAAAGUUUUGCUGUUGUCUUAGCUUACGAACCGGUGCCCUUUCAAUUGCGAUUUCAGGCCUUACCGUAGAUAUAUUGGAAUCAGUAUGGACUAUAAUAAGUAAAGAGCAGUUCUGUGGUGAUAUUUUAAUAAUCUGGAUUAUUUCUGCUUUUUGGAACAUCCUUUCGGAUAUGGUUCUUUUCACAGCGAUUUACAGGCAAAAUCCCAACCUGCUGCCCGUCCACCUGGUGACCUGUCUUGCUGGCCUGAUUCUGGAAAUGGUUAGUCACAUGGUGAUCGCAGCCAUCGGCAUGAGUGACUACUAUUUGGUGGGCUAUGCGUUCUUCAAGAUUGGGUAUACCACCGCGGACAUGGUGAUCGUGCUGAGCUACUACCAUUCGGAGGUUUAGUGGACCGCUUCGAUUACCCAUUAACCCAGGCGACUGGGGCGCAGCGUGUAGCAUUUUGUGGUGGCCGCGAUUAGGCGCGAAAAUUUAUUUGGAAAAUGUUGCGCAAUCGGGUACGUGCAUAAAUCGUGGCCAAUUGUCACCAGCGGAUUGGAUUGGAUUGGCAACCGAACUCCAGCGACCUGCGUUUAAUUAUCGCCCCGACAGCGCCCGGCGAGCUACAUGCGUGCUAAUUGACCAGGCUCAAGCUCAGCCCCAAUCCGUAUACGAAUACUGAAUCCGAGUCUGAAUCCGAGUCCGAAUCCCAGUUACAGUCCAGUCCAAAUGUCCAAAUGAUAACCGCGACGAUGAAAACGCAUGCUGAGCCAAAUGAAAAUUAUGUUGCAAUCGGCGAGCGUGGUGCCCGCUGGCUGGUCACUGAACCACUUGGCUACCAUCCAUCCACGGGCCUUAAUUAAUUUCCUUGAUUAAUUGAAAGUGCGCCUGGCUCGCAGUAUUUUCGUUUUCUUA